UGGCGAUUAUGUCAAAACAUUGCGCUAGAUCCGAUUGCGUUUGACUCGAAACGACAACGAGGAUAUUCAUUGACGAGAUGGCUCGCAACAGCAAGAAGAAACUCGCGAUAUUCAUGGGUACAUCGAAGUGUCUCAUUUAUGCAGAAGCAAAGUACUGUGCCUCUGAUAUGCCUGGAGAAAUAAAAUACUAUGAAUGUUCAAGAACAGAAUAUUGUUGUGCUUUUGGUUGUUGUGUGUCACCUGGAUUUCAUUUCCAUCACUUGUGGUAUUACUGGAUCCUGGUUAUAAUCAUGUUCUUGGUCUGUUCUGGUGGUGGUUGGUGGUACCGAUACUGGUUGCAAGGCAGAUACAGAGCAGCAGCUUCGGCUAUUCCAACUCGCUCUUCUACCACUAGAUCGCAAAGUUCUCUUCGUAAUGCAUCUUGUCAAGCGCAGCAAGCUCGUAUUACAUACAAUUCAGCGAGAAAUACCGUCCUAUUACAUCGUAUGUGGAAAGGCCCUCAGAGAAAUACAGCGGCGCCAGCAUAUAACGGUAAUGCGACCACAUCGACACACUAUCAGAAUAUGAACGUUGUAUUAAAUGAUGCCAAUUGCCCUUAUUAUCAAUUAUACGGUCCUCCGCCUAGUUAUGAGACAGUGAUAGCGCAAACGCGUGGCAAAAUCUCAAAUCCGGCAUCGCCAGAGUCGUCUGCCGCCCGGUUGAAUCUACAAACGGCGAAUGUGAUACCAAAUCCGAGUGUACCACAGUGUUUUUUCUAUAGCUGCAAUUCUCCGGCGAGAUUGGUGGACGGUAAUUCGAGUCAAUGUCAAAGUGAUACCACGAAUGCUCAUCAACUUGAUAGUCAUGAGAAUGUUCCUUUCGCGCAUUUUUCCCAAUAUUGCACCACGAACAGUGCGGUUGGUCAAAACAUGUGCGUUCCUUUGGAAUAUCCAGAAGAAUCGAUCGCGUCCGGGGGAAAUAAUUUCAGUUGUAAUUAUCAGAAUAGUCCGCAUCGAUUACCAGGAUAUCCAACAGAUAGAUUGCCCAAUGUGUCGGAUGCGGAAAACGUGGCUCGUGGCUACGAGAUUCCGAGUACCGAACAUGCGAUGCUCAAUAUUGACGCUGCGACUAGCAGCUAUGGAGAAUGUAAUCCUUGGCAUGAAAAUGAUCAAUCUGUACGAGUCCAUGGUAAGAUUACCAUGCAGGAUGAAACUCGAACAUCUCAGAAGAGAUGCAUGACGACCACAGAUAUGCACACUCUCUCGCCUAAGGAGAGCAGAAGCGAGAAUGAAUUGAAGCGUACGUUUAACGUAGUUCCUGUAAUGCAGAGAAACUUUCCGAGAGGACGUACGAAUUAUGGCGGUUCCUUGCGAUUACCGCGUAAACACACCGGUAUCAUUUACCAAGGUGAUGGCUUCCAAAAUGUUCUCCUCAGAGAUUCGUCGAAUGCUUCCCAACGGAGCACUUUUAAUUCUGCUCAGACAGCAGCAUCCGAAAGCGCGAGUUUUCUGGAACGAGAUGCGAAUUCUUCUCAAUCAAAUCCAUCCAAUAAUGUGAUAUUAAAAUCCUUUAUUUUUGAAAAUGUGCAAUUGCCUCCAAGCGAAAAUGUCGAGGAGGCCCGCGGUCUUCGUACAAUGAAUCGGAAUAUAAACUUUGAUCUUGAAAGUAAACACAAAUUAGACAGAUCAAAGUCAUUAGACUGA